ACACACAGACAUGUACAUACACACACAGAAGCAUGUACACACACGCACAGAGACACAUGUACACACAAGCACAUACAGACACAUACACACAGGCACAUGUACACACACACAUACAUGUACAUACACGCAGACACAUGUACAGAUACACAGACACAUAAAAAGUUGCAGUACUUCAUUGUUCACUCACAAAUCCAGGUACUGCACUCUAGGGGGAGGCAGAGAGCAGAGCACACACUCCUUGCUUUGCUUUCACUGCGCUCAGCUAUUGAGCAGUCUGACGGCUCCCAGUGCCAAUGACAGAUCCGGCCUGAGGUCCGAGCCUGCUCAGCAAGACAGCCCUGGGGGACACAAUCGCCCCCACCAUAGUUCCCACUCGCCAUUGGCGAGCAGGCUAGUGGAAAUUUCAAGCCCUGAUAUACAGUAUAUGUUUUUA